GGCGUUUAGACACUACCGUUAGGGCGACGGCAUUGCGCGUCAGAGCACUUCCGUCCUGGAACGGGAAAUGACGUCACGACACUGAAAUGUGUGGCCGCCGGGAAGGAGUAGAAACGAUCGCUCGCGUAUAGAUUGGGCAUUCCUGAGGGAGGAGCUGCUGUCAUUGGUGUCGAACGGGGUCUGGCUUAUCUGAACUUCACCACGUGUGUAGAUGCGAGAGUGCUGUUCGAUCUUCUGGCCGAGCCAUAAAGGAUUCCAUAGUUUAUAUUUCUCCUAGCUCUACAGCAGAAAUGGAGUGGUCCAGGCAAAGCUAUCCAACUUCAUUCUCUAGUAGAAGUCGUUCCCCUGAGGAUAUGAGCCUUGAUCGACGAAAUAGCAUAACGCAUUUGUAUUUGCGAGUUCAAGUCACUUCUGGAAUUAUAACCACAAACUCUGUCCGAAGAUACUUUUCAGGGCUUGAUAUUGCUGAUAUAUUAUCCUUUAAAGAUAACCAUGCAUUAAUUGAUGGUGGUGCAUUGGUUAAAUUUUAUAAUAGUUCUGAUGCCUAUGAGGGCAUGAGAAGAUACAGAUAUAGUAAUAGUAAGGCUAUACAUGUGAUGUGGUCUAAUGAAAAAGAGUGGGUAAGAUAUGGUGGCAGAGUUCAUUAUGAUGAGGAUAACCUUUCUUAUACAUCAAGAUAUGAAAGAGAAGAAUACUAUUCAAGAUCUCCAGAAAGGUUUCCUCAUUCAUCCUUUAGGGAUUCUAGUUCCAAACAGUGGCAUUCCAGAUCUCUGCAAAGAUAUUCGCGAUCUCAGCAGAAGUAUAGUAGGUCACCAGGGUGGCAUUCUCGGUCUCCUCUUAAUCGCUCCAGGUCACCACGCUUGCGUUCUCGAUCUCCUCACAGGAGAUCUAGGUCUCCCCGAAGGCAUGAAAGGUCUCCACAGAACCUGUCAAAUGAGCAAGACCCAAUAUAUGACGGAGACUUUCACGUGCAUGUGACAAACCUGAACUAUGACACCGCAAGAGAAGAUUUGAGGAGGUGGUUUUUCAGCCUGGUGAGCAAAGAUCACAUUAAGUUUCUGUAUGACGAGAAGGGCCGCAGGACAAGGGAAUGUUUUGUUGUCUUCAAAAAUGAAAAAGAUUAUAAAAAAGUUCUCAAACUCGACAAAGUUAUGUUUAAGGGACGUCUUUUGUUCAUAUCUCCCAUCUCCAAAUCAAGCAUGAGAAAUUUGCUUACAGGAAAGAAUGUCUUAUUCUCGCAUCAUUAUUCCAAGGGGAGAUGCCUUUAUUUAAGAAACUUUCCACCAGCUGUGACAAAAAGUGACGUUCUGAAGUUCUUUGCUGGCUUUUCCCUCAAUGAAGAAGACAUCUCCCUGCUGUGCGACAAAGAUGGCAUUGGCCAAGGGGAAGUAAUGGUCAGCUUCUCUUCCGAAGAAGACCUAGAGAGAGCUGAAAAACUGCACCGUAAGAAGUUCAAGGACAAGGAAAUAAAACUGCGAAAAAUUCCUGUGGAAAAAUUGCCAAGUUUCUUCUAUGUAAAUUCCUUAAGCCUGAUGCCUGAAGAUCCAAAUGAUUGUGUAACCCAGGAAGAUGAUUUAUAUGAUGAGGAUGACGAACUGGAAAAUGAUAUGCAUGAAGACGACAACAUCCCAGAUGAGGAUACAGGUUUCCACCAAACAGAAAAUACUAAUGAAUGUGUUGCUCAGGCAGAUGACUCAUCUGAUGAUCCCACUGUCCUUGUAAAUGACUCACCUGAUGAUCCCACUGUCCUUGUAAAUGACUCACCUGAUGAUCCCGCUGUCCUCGUAAAUGACGCACCUGAUGAUCCCGCUGUCCUCGUAAAUGACGCACCUGAUGAUCCCGCUGUCCUCGUAAAUGACGCACCUGAUGAUCCCGCUGUCCUUGUAAAUGACGCACCUGAUGAUCCCGCUGUUCUCGGAAAUGAUGAUCCUGAUGAUCCCGCUGUCCUUGUAAAUGAUGCACCAAGUACAGAGUGCAUUUCAAAUGAAAAUGCUGUACAAUUAGAGAAUAAAAAUGCCAUCCCAGAAGGUCCAACUUCAAGCGAUAAUGACUUGGGACAAUGAAGAGCAGGGCUGAGGGUGAAUAUUUUUAUAUUUUAAUAAAAAUGACACUGUAUGGUUCUAAAAUCCCUUCUUAGAGUAAGUGUGGAAAAAUUAAUGCGAAGAGUUGAUCCCCAGUGUAUAUUAGGCCCUGUUCAUAUCGUGUCAGAACUAUACUUCAGAGGUAUACGUUGAUGCAUCAGAAAUAUUCUCCAAUGUAUACCUCUGGUAUAUGCCUCUGUAUAGCCAGUGGCAUACACCGUCCAUUGGCCACCAUAUUAACAAACUGUAUAACACACAGUCAGGGACACUUGCCAAGAGUGGCGUUCCCAUAUACCAGUCUUGAUCCCCUGUGUGCCGGAGUGAGAUGCUCCUAAUUUAUUAAGAGGCAGAUGCCUAUUAACAAAUUAGUCACAUCUCUGGCACUCUUUGCAGCAGGAUCUGAAGUAGAUUUCUGCUAUAACUUAUUAAAUCUGGCAGGCUGCCACUUUAGAAGAGUGACAAGAAGUUCUAAAAGUCGCCAAUAUAACAAGCGGAAUAAAUUAUGACUUUUUAACACCUCAAUAGUGGUGUAAAAACUUUAGUAAAUGCCCCUCAGUAUGUUCUUGUGCUUACGAUAUAGGAAAGCACAUUCUGCUGCGCUUCGCUGUACAAUUAAAGAAGAAAAAAAAAGUUAUGCAGACACACCCUAGUGGUCUUGAGAUUUUUUUUUUUUUGGCCUCUGUUACGUUAAUUUGGGGGGGGGGCAUAGGGAUAAACAAGACAGACACUGUGGACAUAACCUUAGAGAUUGAUAUUUUUUUUUUUUUUUAUGUUCAAGUGUACAUUAAUACCAAGGCUGGUUUCACACGAGCGAGUCUCAUGCUCUGGACUCGCAGCGUGCGUAUCAGACAGCUCCCGUCCUGAACUUCCAGCAAUGCCGGGGUCGCAAAGCAUUAUAUUGAUUCAUGAUACUAUGUAACCCUUAGAGGUCUGGAAUGUAUUUGAUAACACUGCCAGCAUUACAUUAGUGUUAUAUAAUAUAUUCCAGAACUGUAAGGGUUACAUAGCAUCCAUCAUAAAUCAAUAUAAUGCUAUGCGACCCUGGCAGUUCUGGGAGGUCAGGCCGGGAGCUGCCGCAUACUAACGCUGCGACUGCGGAGCAUGACACUCGCUCGUGUGAAAGCAUCCUAAUUCUCCUGGCACAUUUCUUGUAGACUACACUCAACCAACAUCUAGGUAAGAUUUUUUGAUGUAUUAUAACUGAUAGUAAAACCACAUCACUGUCCGAUUGUUGUCCGAUAUUGGUAUCGGACAACCGUGCAGCUAGCAAUUAUUAUGUAGCAUAAAGGUGUUUUCUGGUCCCUUAUAAAUGGAUGGAAAAGUGCUUUAAUAACUAUGAAAAAUUGUAUUACGGCAAUUUUUUAUUUAUUUUAAACAUGAUGGGUGUUGUAAGUUUGAGACGCAGGUUGGGAAAUCUUGGCCUUUCCCAUGCACAAUUGCUGUUUCUACUGUCACAUUCAACAUAUCCUCACAUUUCGGCAGCUUUCACACAGCUGAGUGUGGUCUGUGUGACGGCCAAGUUUCCUGGACUGACUGUGGCUUAUCUGACCCACACACAUUGCGUCAUAUCGAUCUAUGAUGAGUUCCAGCGCGACCACUGGUCUACUAUCAAAUGCUCACAGCAUCAUCUUAGUAUGGGAUGCAGUUAGUGCGGCUCACAUGAGCCAUGGUCCUUCCUGGAAAAGUAUCCCACACACAGCUAUGUGAAAGCCAAAUUACCAUGUCUAGGGCCAGAUUUAGCAGACUUAUAUUAGUAAUUUUCCUUUAUCCCAUUAGUCAGCUUUGAAGUAUCACAAAAGCUACAUAACCCAAUUGCACAUACUUUUUUUUUUUUUUUUUUUUGUAGAUGCUUCAAAAUAGGCUUUUAUAUUAUAGGGAAUAUGGAACCAGUUUUAUGCUCCCCUAUGUGAGCACAGCUUAGGCUCCAUUCACACAUCCGCAAUUCUGUUCCGCUUUUUGAUGAACGGAAUUGCGGACCCAUUCAUUUCUAUGGGGCCACACUAAGGGCUGCCCGGAUCCAGAACUGCGGAUCUGGACUUCCGGGUCCGCAAUUCCGUUCCCGAAAAAAAUAGAACAUGUCCUAUUCUUGUCUGCAAUUGCGGACAAGAUUAGGCAUUUUCUAUUAUAGUACCAGCGAUGUGCGGUUCGCAAAAUGCGGAACGCACAUUGCCGGUGUCCGUGUUUUGAGGAUCGGUGUAUCCGCAAAACACAUACGGAUGUGUGAAUGGACCCUUACACUGGUGACAGAGACUAGAUUGAAACCCUGGGUCACUUUUUAUGGUCCAGUCAUUUUGUUAAACAUCCAAUUGAGCACUGGAGUCAUCUCCAUGCAGUGCACAAGCUUGGGAGUCUUCAUAUUCAUCAGCUUGCUAUACACUAUAUAGAAAGAGAACUGUCAGUCAUCUGUGGGAGGGCAUAAAAUAGAGACCCUGAUCGAAAUGUUGGGUCACUUGUUACAAUUGACAAAUGUUCCAAGUUCUGGGGCACAUAAUUUUUUUUUGAUUUUUUUAUUGACAGUAAUAUGUCGCUUGCGGUUUUUGAUGCAGAUUUUCUGCAGAUCUCACCCUUGCCUUAAAGAGUGUGAAAUCCGCACAAAGAAUUGACAUGCCGCAGAUUUCAACAUCUGAAUAGCAGAUCGAUUUCCGCAUAGAAAAAAAGUUACGUUUACAAGAGAGUAGAUAAAUCUCAUAUAAUUUGCUGGUACUGCAUUAUGCUGCAGUUUUUCUGCACAAUUAUCUGUGCAAAAAAAAACGCAAGUAAUCUGCCUUUAAGGCGUUUUCUGAGACAUUUCUACUGAUGAUCUAUCCUCUGGAUGGGUGAUCAGUAUCUGAUUGGUGGGGUUCUGACACCCGGAACCCACACCGAUCAGCUGUUUUGAGAAGGCAUUAGUGCUUGAAGUAGUGCAGUUGCCUUCUCGCUGCUUAGUCUAGGCCAAGUGAUGUCACAUUUUUCUGUCACAUGGCCUAGGCGCAGCUCAGCCCUAUUAAAGUGAAUGGGGCUGAGCUGCGAUACCAAGCACAGCCGCUAUCAAAUGGAGGGUACUGUGCUUGGUGAGCUGAGAGAAGGCACAUCACUCACAGGAGCGCUGGUGCCUUCUAACACAAUCCCAGGUGUCAGACCCCCAUCAAUCAAUAUUUCAUCAGUAGAAAAGUCUCAGAAAACCCCUUUAAAGGUAUUGGUCAACCCCCACGACAAUAUUAGUUCCCAUCCAUGCUGCUUCCGUUCUCUUGCACCUGUGUAAUUACGUUACAUACAUCUCUGCAGCCAUUCACUGUUCUUAGCACUGACAUGUCCCCAAGCAGCACAUGACCACCUACGUUGCUCUUUUAGGGCUUCUUUCCAUAUAUUUUUUUCGACCACUUAGUCCAGUGAAUGGAUGCAGCAGUGCACAUAAUGACGUUUCCCCCUUUCGGAAAAUCCAUAACAUGACAUGGGCUUUUUGGAGGACUGUGUUGAGAAAUAUUGCUCCUUUUUUAUAUUGCUUUGAGACUAGAUGCCUAUUGGGGCACCUUUUAAUGCAGGAAGUCAGAACAAAAAACCAGGACACUGAAUACUUAGAAUGGCCAGUCACAUGUCACUAGGGUACUAAAAAUGUUCACCUUGUGAAUCAAACAUUUUCUUUGAUGUAUUAAUAUAAUUGUUGCCCAGUUUAUUUUGGAUGUUACUGUUCCUUUAAAGAUAUUUUUGCUUUCCUUUGAAAUGAUGAACCUUUGUUGAUAGAUGUCUGUACAGUGCAUGGCCUAACUAAUAAAUGUGUUUUGUUAUCAGUG